AUGGGCAACUGCUCAGGGGCCAGCCAGACAGCAGGUGUAUCGGGACCUGUGGAGACGGAACGCCAGCCUCUUCGUGUUGAGGUCUACCAUAUGGGUCACUUCUGGGACGAGCAGGACUACGUUUCGUACUGGAAGGAGUUCCACCUGAAAUCUGAUGGCAGCGUCUCGGAGUACAACUGUUGUGCAGGCUCUGGCUUGGGCUUGUGUGGCAAGAUUGAAAGAUAUGAGCGCCUCGAGCGCCAAGGCACGUACACCAUGGCGGUGGGUCCGGCGAAGGCCGAGCAGCUUGACAUAGUUUGGGAAAGUGGUCUGAAAGACGUCCUCAAGGUCGGAGAAGGGUCCUUGCGUAAAGGGCACCCUCUCGGGCUUUCCCCCGCGGAGCUGGACGCGGCCAUCGAGAGGCAGAAUGCCGCGAACGCUGUCAAGGAGAAGGAAAAAGCCGAAGGGAAACCAUGA